AUGGAUAAGCCAAAGUAAGAUAAAGUAAUAUGUCUUGAUGAUGAGGGGGAAGAUGUUGCUGACUCAAACUCAUCAGACAUUAUGGAAGAAGAGGAAAACGAAGUUGAUAAACCUUCAAUCGCAAAAUUUAGUAAUUUGAACAACAACAACAACAAUAAGCUCGACUAAGUUAAUGGCAACAAAAAUUCAGUAAAUGGAUCAGCAGAUAAGAAAAAAAAGAAAUAAAGAAGCACUAAUAAGGUGUCUAUUGAGGAGCUAACUAAAUAAAUUAAACAAAAUCAGUCAAAGCGUGUAAAUGGAUAAGAAGACGGUGUAGUUAUAAAGGCUAAUUUCGAUUGGGUUAAUUAUAAUACUACCGAAGAUAAGACACUUAAUUAUCUAAGCGAUUUUUUAAAAUUAAAUGGAGAAAACAAUUUAGAUUACUUUAAGCUUGACUUGGUAGAGUUUGAAGAUGUUAAUAUCGUAUAACACCAUUCUUAGGUUAGUAGCAUAACGGAUGACUUGUAUAAGCGUAUAUUGAGAUAUGGUUAGAUAGAAAAUAUAUAGAGAAUUGCCAAAAAGAGUGGUGCUAUAUCAAAAGGAGAAGGAACUAAUGUUAACUUUAGAGAUGAGCUGUACUAUGAUUAAAAUGAUCCUUUUAUUGAUGACGACGAGUAUAAUAAUACAUCUGUUAAAGUAUCUCAUAGAAUGCAAUUAGCUGAAGUGUUUAUUGACGAUUUUAGAACAUUUGACGGUGAUUUAAAAGACUUUAUUAAGAGUGAAAUAUACAAAAAUAGAGUAGAAAUAAUGCAUAACUUAGAAAAGAAAAAUGAAAUUGAAGAAGAAACUGAAAAUUUCAAUAAAAAGAAAAAAAAACCAAAUCCCCCAAGCAAUCCAGCAAUAUCAUCUUCAAAUAAUCUCUCAUCUAAUUUGGCAAACAACUCACUAACCGCUGCUCUCAAUUCUGCAACAGCCACACUUAACAAUAAAAUUCAAAAGAAAGCUACAGCUGAUGUGGAAAAAGAUUUAAAUUAAGUUGAAAGUGUCAAAACAUAAGAAAAGAAAAAGUUUAAAAAAGAUAAUGUAAAUAAUACAACUUCUUUGUCUUCUGGAUAACAAUUACAAAAUGCACAGAAUAUUUUGUAGGCUGCAGGAUUAAAUUAAAAUUUAUAAUCUGUUUCUGGAUCAGUGAAUGCAUAAAGUUUACCAUAAGCUGUAUAGGCAUCAAAUUUAUUGUUAGGAGCAGAUUUAAGUACAUCUUAAUUGAGCUAAUUACUCUCUUAAGCAUAAUCUAGUAACAACAAUAAUCUUUUGUAAAAUGCUGCUUCAGUUAUGUAAAUGGAAUAUUUAAAGCCUCAAUCAGGAUUAGGCUCAUCGUCUUAUUAUUUGCAACCAUACUAUAACUAAGGAAUAGCUUUCUCUAAUUACUUGGAUCCGUCUCAGUAAUUAAUGCUAGGAUAAUUAGAUCUUUCAUAAAAUAUGAUGCUCUACUCAACUUAGCCAUAAGCAAAUCAAAUUGCAAAUAAUUUUAUGUUCAGUUAAGGUAAUGCAUUUAAUUUGACUCCUGCUCCAGCACAAAGUUAAGCUAAUUCUAAUAUUAUAAAAUCAUCAAACGAUCCUAAAGAUAAGAAGAAGAAGAAAAAAUCCUUUCCUACUCAAAAUAAUAAUAAUAAUUCUUCUUAAUUAAAUAAGGAUAAUAUUAAUAACAAGAAUAAAAAUUAACAAAUGAAUUUAAUAGAAAUAGAAGAUGAUGAUGAUCCUUCAUAAAAUACACAUACAAAUUAGUCUACUAAACUAGGAGUAGAUUCUGAAUCUUAGAAGUGA